AUUUUAGUGGUUUUGAUUUAUAUCUCAAAAUAUACAGUUAAAUAUACCAUCAUUUAUGGAAUUUUUCGUUAUGGGACAUAUAAAGGAUCUCAAUGAAACUUGUAUUAGAUAAUGCACAAAAUAACCAAAGGCUUAAAAAAGAAGAAAAAAGGUAAAAAAUCUAAACAUAAGGAAGAAGAACUAUUUAAACCUGAAGAACUCGAAGAGUAUCGCAAAGAGCACCAAGCAGCGACAAGUGCAGACUCCUCGGAGAAAAACGAAGAGUGGAAAAAAUUCAUUGCUCUUACUUCCGAAGUAGAUGAUAUCUUAAAGAAAACCCAAGGCGAUUUAGACCGUAUAAAGAGUACAUCAUUCUUCCAACGCAAGCCAACAGAGAGUGAAGUCCAGCGAAAGGCAGAAAAACAGAAGCAAGUAGAAGCGGAAAACCAGCAAAUAAAAAAAGAGGAGGUUAACCAGAAAGAAACACCAGCAAAUCUUGGAAUUGUCGAAGUUUCAGAAUCCGAAUCUGAGGAAGACGAUGAUAAUAUCUUCGAUACAGCUUACAUAGAUGCUAUUGCAGCUGGAGAAGUUAAACUUGCUUAUAUCCCCGAAUCUCCUACAGAUAAGUUAGAUGGAGAUGAUCCUUUUGAUACGUCUAUUGCUGAAAGAGCGAUUUUAGGACCUGAGGUUCAACGCAAAGGUAAAAAGUUAGUGCCGAUCGGUGCCGCUGUUGAAGUUUUAACAGGUCGUGUACAAUUACCAACUUGUGCGACCAAGAGACCUAUCAGCAGACGACAGAUUCUGAAACAAACAGAUUUGCUUUUGGGGAGUUUUGAAGAUAAUUCCAAUCUGCCCACAGAUAUUGCACCUUCAGAAGAAGCUCCAAGGACUCUACUGGACGAUGAUUCAAUUCCUCUAUCAAAAGAGCCAAUCAAUUUAAAUGCACCUCUUCCAGUUCACAUUCCAAAUGUUGCAAGUAAUGUCAAUUUUCAGGGGAAGGUCGAUCAAAGUAGAAAUAUAAUAGAUGAAUUUGAUGUAAUUGCUAAGGAAUCCGAAGACCCGGAUGAUAUUGAAUUUGAGACAUUGGCAGCAGAAAGUCUCUCUAAAUCUGCUAAAGUCCUUGAAUCGUUGCCAACUAAUUCUUCUGGGCCUAUAGACGGUAUUGAAUGGAAUGCCUUUGGAGAUAAUGAAAAGGUUGCUGUAGAAGUCGAUCCAUUUGACACUUCCUUCGCGGAAAAUAUUUUGCCAGGGCGAGUAGAAUUGAAAAUUAUCGAAAAGGAAAUACUAAAUGAAGAUAUCGAAUUUAAAUUUCAAGAAGACAGUACUGACUUUUUUAAUGGACAGAUACUGGAUAGUUCUAAACAUACAAAUUUAAUCAAAGGACAGCGAGUGCCAGAAGCUGAAUUGAAUUUGAUCAAGCCUAUUCAUAGGGAUCUUCUAGGUGGAAGCAAUACAGAUUUAUCGAUAAUAAACCAGCCCAUUGAGUCCAAGAUUAACCAGGGAUUUUGUGUCACGGACCUUUUUGACUCAUCGAUCGUAGACACAGUAAAAGAUGCGGAUAUAAUUGGAUUGGAUCAAGAAAUUGCAAAUAAUGGUUUAAGUGACGAUGACUUCGAUCCUCGAGCAGACGAAAAGCCGAGGGAACGAACUGUGUCGCGACCGGAUGUCUUGAAUAUAUCCAGUGCGAAAACCGUUUCAUUUGAUUUGACGCCACCAAAGCAGUCUAAUCUCUUGGGGGCCGGCGAAGGAGGAAAAAUUAUAAAGCCAUUGACCCCAUUUUACGUGCGUAAAAAUUCCGUACCGGAAGUACCAGUUGAGGAAGAUCUAACCGAUCCGUUUGACACUUCGUUCGCUUCAAAUAUUGCACCAGGAAGAGCUGAACUGAGGGUCAUCGAAACCGAACUGUUCGAUCCGAAUGUUGAAAAACAAUUAAGUUUGGUUGAUAACGAUUUUGAUCCUAGGGAUGAGAAAAAAGCUGAAAGGGACAAAGUAGUGGGAAUAAUUAAAGAUAUAACGAACAUAAAAUUACCCAGCAAAAAAGUAGAACGAGCAGUCGAUUUAUUAGCAAUCGAUGACAACAUAUCCGUCAAAGUAUUAACACCGGGAGGUAACAUAAGGCUAGAAGAAUUAUCGUAUUGCGAUCCUUUCGAUACGUCUACUAUUGCUACUAAUAUAUUGCCUGGAAAGACAGAAUUGAAAUUAUUGGAAACGGAGUUGAUCAACCGGGAAACAAAUUUAAAUUUAGACAAACCCGUGGAAGAUCUACUAGAAGAUCAUCAUGACAUAAUAAACCAGCAGCCCUUAUCUCCUGGAGGUUGCUUUGGAUUAUCAACAAUUGAUGACCAGGAAGAUUUUGAUCCGUUUGAUACAAGCAUCGCUAAUAAUAUUCAACCUGAUACUUUUGCUUCAUCUUCUAACACUACCAACCCUUUCGCGUUUGAACCUUUCGAGUCAGUGUCGCAACAAGGAAAUGAGUUUAAUGCAGUUUCAAGUAAUACGUACGUGAACAGCAACAACGAGCAAGAUUUUUUCACUACUGAUGAAGUACUGAUACCGAGUAAAAGUUCUACUUCUACUUUUAACGUUUUAGUGAACUCUGAUCAAGUGGCUCCCCCUCAGAAACCAGUGGAUUUGAAUUUAAAGUGCUCUCAAACAACUAUUGGCAAUGGACCACCAAGGCCACCACCUCCUAGGGUACCACCAUCCAAAGAGACCCAGGAUUUGUUAAUGUCAGUCAUGGGUGCAAUGGAUGCAACUAGUUCCAGUUUACUGGACAAAAUACCGCCAACAAGGACUCCCAGUCCUGUUUCUAUGCGGGAUUUGCAUUCCCCUAGUCCUACGCCAGACACUACUUUCGGAGAUCUACUUGAUAACCCUGCUGUUAUUCCGACUGUCCAACAAGUUAAACCUGCUAGACCGUCUCCGCCUGUUAGGCCUCCGAAACCUGCACCACCGCAGAAACCACCUCCACCUGAGCUUCCGGGUAUUUUGUCAAAUACACAAAUGCAAGCACAGCAGCAGCAACCAAAACCCUCAGGGAAUAAAGCAAGUGAAUUAGACGAAAUACCCAAUAUGUUUGACGUUGAAACGACACAGCCGCAAAAAGUAUCCGUUUCCAAAGCUGACAUUCUUAACUUGUAUAACACAGCACCCCCUAAACCGGAAACAAUGAAGACUGAUCUUCUUUUCGAUAUGGUUGAACCUGAGUUAGCUAUUCAGGAUGAACCACAAGAAAACAUUCAAGAAAAAAGUGAAGAAACACCUCUCAAAGAGGACUUAAUAACUGAAAUUUCCCCCGUGAAUCCAGUCAGUGAAGUGGUAAAAGACAGUUUCCUUUCACCUGAACCGAAUGAUUUUCAAAUGGACACUAGUGACAGCCAGAGUAAAGGAUCCGUGUCGAGUGUUACAUUUAAUCCUUUCGCAGCUACGGACGAUUUUAAUCAACAAAUAAGCCCUCAGAGUCACAAUGAAGUCUUCGAAGAUAACACAAGCACAAAUCUUAGUCAUACAGGUGGUAUUUUAGAUGAAAUUGUGACUAGCGCACCGCAAACUGAGGACAUUCUCGUUAUUUCCGAUUCCACAACAAUGCCUUUCAACGACGAUUUUGAUGCUUUCGCUGAGAAAUUUGAUUCGGUUAAGAUCGAGGAAAAUAAAACUAUUUCCUCACAAAUUAACAAUGCUUGGGGCAACGAAUCAUCAAAUAAUAAUGAAGUGUCGUUAGGUUUUGGAACUGAUGAUAAUUUCGAUGCGUUCCUUGCAUUAGAGGAACCUCCUUGCGUGCCGCAAAGCACUCCCAAUCGUAUAAGUAAGGCGGCAUCGCAGGAAUCUGAUGAGGAUAAGGACUUUUCAGUUUUCAUUCGACCGAAAGGAAACGAGGAAUUUGGUGGGGCACUUCCUACAAUAGCUCCUCCACCAGCUCCAGUGUCGACAGCUUUUACAGACACUUCUCCCAGAUUCAACCCAUUCGAUCAGCAAAAUGACACUUCUGUAACAGAUGCGGUAGAAGAUCAAAUUCCUGUCGGGGAAAUAAAAAGAACAGACUCUCAAGAAACGCCCCCAACACCUUUAUUCGACGAUGACGUUUCUCAGCCUCUUGAACCAUUUCCAAGAGUCGAUUUCGCAGAGGAAGGAUGGGAAAUGCACCUGAGGCAACCAAACAAAAAGAAAAUCACCGGUCAGCGAUUCUGGAAAAAGAUAUUCGUCAAGCUUGUACACCAAACCGACUGUGUUCUUCUGCAAUUGUUCAACCAAAAGGAUGAUAAAGACCCGUUUCAAGAGUUACCAUUACAACCUUGUUACUCCGUUUCUGAGAUAGGCGCCCAACAGUACGAUCAGUUCGGUAAAAUAUUUACUAUAAAGCUACAGUAUAUCUUCUACAAGGAGAGGCCUGGUGUCAGGCCAGGUCAAGUGAAAAAGGCGGAAAGGAUAACGAACAAAAUUAGCCAGUUUGCGGCUUAUGCUAUUCAAGGGGAUUACCAAGGUGUUAAAGAAUUUGGUAGUGACCUGAAGAAAUUGGGCUUACCUGUUGAGCAUGCACCUCAGGUGUCUCAGCUAAUGAAACUGGGGUCGUUAAACUACGAAGACUUGAAGCAAUUUUCUUGUUCCAUUGAAGAGGCCCUGUUCAAGUUAACUGCUCAUAGAGACAGAGCCUUGCAUUAUAAGAUGGAAGAAGUUCAGAUAACUGCGGUAGAUGAACUCUACGUGGAGCAAGAUGCUGAAGGUCAUGUGGAUAAGCAAAUAGCGCGGGUUCGAUUAUUCUUUUUGGGAUUCUUGACUGGAAUGCCCGAUGUUGAAUUAGGCAUAAACGACAUGAGGAGACAAGGCAAGGAGGUAGUUGGCCGACAUGACAUCAUUCCUGUGGUCACUGAAGAGUGGAUCAGGUUGGAGGAAGUCGAGUUUCAUUCUUGUGUCCAACAGGUCGAAUAUAAUGAAACGCAUAUUAUUAAGUUUAAACCUCCGGAUGCCUGUUACAUCGAGCUGCUGAGAUUCAGAGUGCGGCCCCCGAAAAACCGGGAACUUCCUCUCCAACUUAAAGCUCAAAUAUGUGUUACAGGAUACAAAGUUGAGCUUAGAGCUGAUGUACUGGUCCCUGGUUUUGCGUCGAGAAAACUCGGUCAAAUACCCUGCGAAGACGUCAUGAUUCGCUUCCCGAUACCAGAAUGUUGGAUAUACAUGUUUAGAGUUGAGAAACAUUUCAGAUACGGAUCUGUGAAGUCGGCACACAGAAGAACGGGAAAAAUUAAGGGUAUAGAACGGAUCCUAGGAACCGUAGACACUCUACAAGAGAAUCUGAUAGAAGUAACAUCCGGACAAGCGAAAUACGAGCACCAGCACAGGGCAAUAGUGUGGCGAUGUCCACGGUUACCAAAAGAAGGGCAAGGAGCGUACACAACUCACAACAUGGUGUGCCGUAUAGCACUGACGAAUUACGACCAAAUGCCUGAGAAAUUAGCCGAGUACUGCUAUGUAGAGUUUACGAUGCCUGCUACGCAAGUUAGCCAUACGACGUGUAGGAGCGUCAGCUUACAAAAUUCGGAUAGCGAUGAACCCCCCGAAAAAUACGUUAGAUAUUUAGCUAGACAUGAAUAUAGAGUUGGAAUUGAACAUACGGAAGGGGAAUCACCAAAUCCAUACGCAGCUGCAACUUUUAUCAGCAAACCGCCUGAACCGGUCGCCGAAGAGAAACCUAUCGCUGAGGAGUCGAGCUCAGAUAGUGAUUAA